AUGAGAGAACUCCCCAUCCGCCCCUCGGGCAUCUUCUGGCAAGACGACUUCAUCACGGCAGAGCACGAGGCCGAGCUCAUCGACAUCUUCCGCAACGAGCUGGAGUGGCCCGAGCGCAACGGCCGGCUGUCGCUGCACUACGGGUACACCUUCGACUACAAGACCUUCGGCGUCGACCCGGACGUCCCCUUCAUCCCCUUCCCGGACUGGCUGCGCCCGCUCAUCCCGACCGCCGAGGGCCGCGACCCGGACCAGGUGUGCCUGCAGCAUUACCCGCCGGGCGCGGGCAUACCGCCGCACGUGGACACGCACUCGGCGUAUGAUCAGCUGUAUGCGCUCAGCCUCGGGUCGAGCGUCAUGAUGCAGUUUACGCUGACGCACCCGCCUGCUGCUGGUGCUGCUGGUGCUGCUGGGGAUGCGGAAGGGGAGAAGGAGAUGGUGGAGGUUGACCUCGUGCCGAGGAGUAUGCUUCAGAUGUCGGGAGAUUCGAGGUUGCAUUGGACGCACGGGAUCAGGAAGAGGAAGACGGAUACGUUGCCUGAUGGUACUGUCAGGCGGCGCGAGGAUAGGUGGAGUAUCACGUACCGGUGGGUUAGGGAGCCUGCGGUUUGCGAGUGUGGGAAUCUGAAGUUGUGUGAUACUGCGCAGCGGAGGGCGGGUGUAGAGAAGGAGUACCGGUGGAAGAAGGGGGAUGAGAAGGGGGAUGGGACAAGUGAGGCUGCAAGGGAAUCAUGA